AUGGCAAACAAUGGCAUCCCCGACUCGCAGUUCCUGGCGCCUCCCGCCGUGACGGCCCUGCGCCAAGAGGCGCGAAAUGUCACUCCAAUCAUGAAGCGAUCCUUUAGUGAAGAUAUGCGUGAGGAAAGGGAAGACUUGAAGGAGGCCGCCGAACAGACCCUGAACAUCAUUGUCGAUUUGGACCUCCAAGGCCGGAUCAAGUGGGUGAGUCCGUCAUGGAAACAGGUGGUCGGAUCAGCCCCGGAAUCGGUGGAAGGUCGGAUGAUCUCCGACAUGCUGGUGGGAAAUCCCAAUGUGUUUCGCGACGCCAUCGAGGCGAUGAAGGUCGAUGAUUCCCGCAGUCGAUUCAUUCGAUUCACAAUCCAGAUGGGGCCCGAUUCGGUGCUCAAGUUUGCCCCCGAGCCACGGCCUGGAACCGCCGGGAGCGAUACAAAGCCGGAUGACCACGGCGUGGACGACCCCCAACCACCCUCGCUGGCCGAAGGGGGGAACGAUCUGGAUGUGAUUACCAUGGAGGGUCAGGGGAUCAUGGUGUAUGAGCCAACAGACAACCAGACCGGGCAUUCCAUGUGGAUGCUUCGGCCACUCACACAACCUCGAGAAGUGACCAUUGACCUGCCACCCCAACUGGUUGAAUCGCUUGGGGUGGGCGCCGAGGUUCUCGCGAACUACCUGACCGAACUGGCAGAGGCAGCUGCCAACGAGCCGGACCCAUCGAAGCAUCCUGCGCCGACGCCCGUCUUGUGCCGCAUCUGCGAACGCCAAAUCACACCAUGGUGGUUUGAAAAACACUCGGAUCUUUGCUUGCAGGAACAUCGAGCGGAGAUGGAGGUUCAAAUCGCCCAGGAGAACCUCAAUGAACAUCGUCACAUGAUUGUGAGGGUGCUGGAUGCACUCGAGGCCCGUCAAGGCCGGCCGUUGAUCGGCAGUGACGGCAACAUUCUGCCGCUAGUACAGCCCGAAUACAAGGGGCUACCCAUUGGACCUUCACCGAUCAGCUCCGGUCCGUCUUCGGCGCCCACCUCGGGGGUGAGCUCUGCACCGGGAACACCGCCUCGCUCCCGCGACCAUUCGGUCUCGGGCAUGAGCACGCCAGGUCGUCCCAGAGCGUUCACCGUGCGGCGCCCCCUGGCACGGAUUGUGGAGCUGAUUCUUGACCUGUGUGAUACGGCGUUGGAAAUCAGCAUGCCGGUCAUCAAGGAGACUCCACGACCGGAGAACGGAGAGGAGUUUAGAACCCUCUCUCCGCAAUCCGAGUUUCGUAUCGCCCAGGUGCUCCAGUGGUCCUCUCCGAGCUCAAACACACUGGAGCAAGAACAAGGUCUGGCCGCGCUGGCGGGCGACACGGAAGAGAUCGCCAAGGCCAAGGUGGACGCUGUCGUUCGCCAUCGACAGAUUGUGGAAUACGCCGAGCGAAUUCGCAUCGAGUAUACCGUGCUCGUAGAAGAAUGCAUCACUGCGGCGCUGAGCAAGGCCGAACGGAUCGCCGCCGGCCAACUCAGUGAUUCCACUUGCUCGUCCGACGACGAGGUGUUCCAAGAGGCUGCUUUCACCAGCGAUGCUGAUGUGAGCAUAGUUGGCGGCAGGGAAGAUACGGCACGUGCGCCAAGCCGGAAUGCGAGUCAGGAUGCUGUAGUCGUGCAAUCGACACCCGCGGCUCCAAUCCCUCGUAAACCCGCAACGUCGGCUCUGACAAUGUCGAUGCGCAACUCUCCAGACCGCGCUUUGCUGGCCCAAGGCGAGCACAGAUCCUCCUCGGCCGCAAUCUCGACGGGGUCCAACAGUCCCCUGGAAUGUCCGACGCCUCGAUCGCACAAAAGUGCCGCUGGCUUGCUAGGCUCCUCGCAGCCCACUCGACGGGGCCUUUCGCUGGUCGAUAUAGAUGCGGGCGAUUCGAGUGACAGUAGCAUGCCGUCCAUGUCUGCUUUUGCCGGUGCCAUGCGCACCGAUUCCCCCUCAUCCGAGAGGAGUCUCGAGCGCAAACGUAGAAGCUUGGUGCUCCCGGGAUUGUCUAGCUCGCCUCGCAGACAGCAAUCGCCUGCUCGUAUAUCCGGUCCCCAUUCCCCUCUGCGCAUGCCAAAGCCCCGGCUGUCUCAUGGCGCCGAAAGUCUCCCUUCUCCUAUUGUUUCUCCCUCGACCUACGCUAGUGAGUUGGCACAUCAUCACCUUCAUCACCGCCGCCAGUCUUCGGCCACAUCAUCCGACAUUGUGAAACCGCCUCCUUCACCACGCCUGUCGUCAGUCAGCCAGCAACCGCGUCCCGCCCCGCCCUCUAUCAAGGACUUUGAGAUUAUCAAACCGAUCAGCAAAGGCGCCUUUGGAAGUGUGUAUCUGUCGAAGAAGAAAUCCACUGGAGAAUACUAUGCAAUUAAGGUCUUAAAGAAGGCCGAUAUGAUUGCCAAGAAUCAGGUGACGAAUGUGAAGGCCGAGAGAGCGAUCAUGAUGUGGCAAGGUGAAAGUGACUUUGUUGCCAAGCUCUACUGGACUUUUGCCAGCAAGGAGUACCUCUAUCUAGUCAUGGAGUAUCUUAAUGGCGGUGACUGUGCGUCGCUGAAGUACAUCGCGGAAGUGGUUCUUGGCGUAGAACAUUUACACAACCGUGGAAUUGUGCAUCGUGAUCUUAAGCCAGACAACCUGCUCAUUGAUCAAAAGGGCCAUCUUAAAUUGACCGACUUUGGUCUUUCUCGCAUGGGUCUCGUCGGCCGCCAGAAGCGGGUUCUGAAGAGUCCCAAUGAGCCGGCGCCUGAUCUUCUGAAACAUGGCCCUUUCCCUCGUGCUAUUUCUAUCGCUUCCUCGCGCUCUGCAUCCUUUGACUAUCAAGCGAUCUCCUCGCCUAGCUCCACACCAUUGAUCACGCCAGAUAUGGCGGCGAACGUGCAGCCGUCAUAUUUCAGCCUCAGUCAACCUGCUGUCAGCAGACAAAGUUCUCGUCGAGCGUCAGGUUAUCGCAGUGAUAGCGCCGGUAGUGACAGUCUGAACGGCAUGUUCCGGACAUUUUCUCUCAAUGACCCUGGCAAUGAGCACCCCCCGGCUUCGUCCAGCGUCCUUUCUGCUCCAAGCCUUGCCGAAGAGGAGGAGACGCAAAGUGAGACCGGCGAUUCUCCUCGCUUGUAUCCGCUGCAGUCCACCUUCAGCAACCCGCUGGCGCAUAACACACCGCCACAGCAGAGCAUGCUCCCACCUGUAAUGGCUUUGUUCGACCCCGAAGAUCAUGACCGUCGAUUUGUUGGUACUCCAGACUAUCUUGCUCCUGAGACGAUCAAUGGUGUUGGCCAAGAUGAGAUAAGUGACUGGUGGUCUCUGGGUUGCAUUAUGUUUGAGUUCAUUUUUGGUUAUCCUCCUUUCAAUGCGCCGACUCCAGACGAAGUGUUUGAGAAUAUCCUUCAGAGGAGGAUCAACUGGCCAGAAGACCCAGAGGAGUACACCACCCCGGAGGCCACGGAUCUGAUGAACAAGCUCAUGACCUUAAACCCGCGUGAACGGAUCGGCGCCAAUGUCGAGGAAAAGUACCCCAAUGGCGGAGCUGAGAUUCGCAGCCAUCCCUGGUUUGCUGACGUGCAUUGGGAUACUCUCUUGGAAGACAAGGCGCAAUUUGUCCCCAACAUUGAGAAUCCGGAGGACACGGAGUAUUUCGAUGCUCGAGGGGCAACAUUACAAACUUUUGCUGAGGAGCUCGAAGAUCAGCAAUCCCCGCAGGGCCACCCGUCAUCGGAAUCAUACCCCGAUCGACCUCAUGAUGCACUAUACAAAGUGCGCUCCCAGGUCAAUUCUAUGAAGCGCCCUUUGAUGCCCUUGCAUAUCCCACCUCAUGUUCGUGAUGCUAGGGAUUCACGAAGUCGCAGGUUGAGCGAGCCUUCACUGGUUGAUGAUUUCGGCAGUUUUAACUUCAAAAACCUUCCGAUGCUCGAGAAGGCAAACAAGGAUGUGAUUCAGAAAAUGCGUCAAGAGGCGAUGCAAGCGCAGCAUCGACAAUCAUCAGCCUCCUCGUCGACCGUGCAAACACCGUUGACCGCGACCUCGCAAAGCAUGGAGGGCAGCCCGCUUCCUAUGCCUUUACAGAGGACCCUUUCUCACACAAAGGGGAGCAAUCGACCCUCCUCCCCGUCAGGCUUAAGUCAGGCCAAUUCGUCCCCCAGUCGACCCUCACAGCCAUCCUCGCCACUACUGGUUCAAUUUAGCACCGGUACCAAUCACGAAAGGCGCAAGACAUCCGGGUCUUCUUCCACUGCCUCUCACCAGUCAAGCGGGACCUUCCAGCCAUCCUCCGUCGACCAGAAUCGAAUGCCUAAUCUCCGGCUCGGAUCAGUCGCGUCAUCCCCGGUCAAGUCCAAUCGACUGCCCGCGCACUCCCCUGAUAAGCAUCCUUCGACCCAGAGACACGGAAGUGCUCCCGCGAGCCGUGCCAGGUCCCAGACGAUUGGGUCGCAAGAGGGCGGCGAGUUUCCCGGAAUGAACAAGGAGCCGUUUGUGCCUUCUCAUCACAAGCGCCGUAGUCAGCUGUUCGACAUAUCCCCGUCGUCGUCGGAUAACGAAGACCCUCGCGCAAAAGCGUUGCUCAAAGUGCAGCGUCGCCGCCAAAGCUCCCGUCGACUCUCCCAAUUUAACCUUCAAGAUGGCCCGUUCUUCCGCCCCUUGGAUAUUCUUAUCUGCGAGGACCAUCCUGUGUCGCGUCUGGUAAUGGAGCGUCUGUUUGAAAAGCUACGGUGUCGAACCAUCACGGUCACAACUGGUGCUGAGGCCAUGAGAUAUGCAUUGAGUGAAGUUCAAUUCGAUAUCAUAAUGACCGAGUACAAGUUGCCUCAGGUCAACGGCGCGGACUUUGCGCGAAUGGUGCGAGAAACGCGCAGUGCGAACCGGCAUACUCCCAUCGUCGCCGUGACGGGCUAUUUGAAAGAUCUUCCGGAGACGCACUAUUUCGAUGCUUUGAUUGAGAAGCCGCCGACGCUGUCCAAGCUGACGGAAGCUCUUUGCAAGUGGUGCAUGUGGAAACCACCCCCACGGGACUAUAAUCCUUCCACGCAACCGCUGGCUGUGGCGAUGUCGAAUGGUCGCGCCAAUCCUCUGUCAAAUGACGACAGUCCGAGCUCGGCGUCAUCUGGGUUUGUGCCCAACCCUCUCAGCUCAUAUAGAGGAUCCAGUCGCGAUAACUCGGUGAGUAGCAGUGUCUUUGGGGAUAUGGAGUCGGUGAAGCAGGACGAGGUGCCUGUGAUCAUCAGUCGCGCGCAUGACGAGUGGGAUCAGAGUCAAGGGGGUUUGGGUAUUUCCGCGGAUGCUCAGAUCGGUAAUACCGAUCCCCAGGCUGUGCCAACACCACAUCUAUUGCACACAGUAUCUGCCCCUGCCACCAUGGACAGCACCGGUACAUUGACACCGCGGAAGCAGCGUUCCAGUGAGGCCAUUCGUGCUAAGCGAGAGUCCUUGGAAAAAAAACGAUACGAGUGCGCCGAGUCGGGUGACGAUGAAGACGAAGAACUGGGUCAGUCCCGUCGUAGCCCACCGGCCCGUAGCCGUCGACCUGGAUCCAAGCUCGGAAUCGAAAUGAUGCGGACCAACAGUCGUGGCAGUGUGGUGAGUGGUAGCGAGGAGCUUCUGAAAAAGGAGCGUGAGGCUUUGCGCAAGGCUGGCGAAUCCGAUCAAGAUGACGUGUCCUUCGGUUCACCCGCGAGUACAAGCAUGGGAGAAUGCUUUGAGGGCACGAGUAUUCCCGAGGAAUCCGAAUAUGAAGAGCCUCUAAGUCCGCGUGAUUCCCCUCCAACGAAGAUUUCGCCCUCGCUUCGCCGACCCUCCGUCACGCAUCAGAAUACAUCCAUCUACGCUGGACCGACUUCAAUGCCCAAGAACGCUCAGGCACCACAUACCCUGGCAGUCCAAAAAGGCCAGAAAACGCCCCCGGGGGAGCGCACUCAGGGCGGCGAGACCACUUCUUCCUCGACGCCGAUCACGCCGGUUUUCAAAUCCAGCGAUAGCCUGUUGUCUGCCGAGGGAGGUUCGGGAGGGGAUUCGGAUGCAAGUCGCACCCCUGACGCUGAAGCUACGCCUCGUCCGAGUCAUCCAUCUCCCGGCUUGGAUGCGGAGGAUACCCCUCGGCCACCAGAACGCUACCGAUCUUUCAAGCCAACAUUCCAUCGAUAG